CACUGUCUAUUUCAUUACAGUAACAUCGUUAGGCAGGCCUGAAAUAAAUAAUAAAAAAUGUUACUGAAUGAACCACCCAUCUCUUGUGGGUAGUGGCGUUCAGCUCGUCUUUUUAUACCCUGGAACAGCACUGUUAUCUCGUGAUUCAUGAUGCUGCGCAAGUGAUGUUACUUUUGAAAUAUAUUCGCGCAAGUAUGAGUAGGCCUGCUUUAUCUAAUGUAAAUUCUCAAAACAGGUAAUGUGAUGUGACCACUACAGAUUGUAUUUGUGUUUUGUUUUACGACUCACAGCUCUCUGCCCUCAGCACAGCGAACAAUGAAUACUACAGGAAAAACAGCACUGUAAGCAGCCCUAAGGCAACAGAAGACCAGGUCUGGCCACCCAGGCCAAGGGAGGGUGCAGGGUUCUGGGUGUAGGGUGCCCUGGCCACUGGGCCUAUGGAGCAGAUCCACUGGGUGAGACGCCGCUGGCAGCAGCUGGUUGCCGCAGAUUCAGGUCGAGGCCAGUACUCGGCCCCUGCCGCCCUACCUACCAAGAGUUCCCCAGUGCUCCACAACACACAGCUGCUCACUGGCAAACAGAGGACGGUCAUCGCCCGGCACGGACGCCACCAGCAAGAGUACCACAGCAUCUCCAAGGGAUGCCAGGGCAACAUAAUCCGCACCACCAAGUACAGCCUUCUGAGCUUCAUUCCCAUGAACCUGUUCCAGCAAUUCCACAGGGUGGCCAACCUGUACUUCCUGUUCCUGGUGAUGCUGAACUGGAUCCCAGUGGUGGAAGCCUUUCAGAAGGAGAUCACCAUGAUUCCCCUGGUAGUGGUGCUCAUCGUCAUCGCCAUCAAGGAUGCCCUGGAGGACUACCGCCGCUACCGCUUUGACCAGAAGGUCAACAACAACAUCGUUACAGUGUACAGCGGGAAACGGCAGAUGUAUGUGGACCAGCGUUGGCAGGACGUCCAUGUGGGGGACUUUGUCCGUCUGUCCUGUAAUGAGAUCAUACCUGCAGACAUGCUGCUGCUAUACUCCUCUGACCCCCACGGCGUCUGCUACAUCGAGACGGCCAACCUAGACGGGGAGACCAACCUCAAACAGAGACAAGUGGUCAGAGAUCUGCCACAACAGGGUUCUGAGUUGACUCCAGAGAACUUCCACAGCCGCAUUGAAUGUGAGAACCCCAACAACGACCUCAGCCGGUUCCGAGGUUUCAUGGAGUACCCCAGUAAGGCUCGUGUGGGCUUACACAACAACAACCUCCUUCUGCGAAGCUGCACCAUCCGCAACACGGAGACCGUCAUAGGCAUUGUGGUCUAUGCAGGUCACGAGACCAAAGCCAUGAAGAACAACAAUGGACCGAGGUAUAAACGCAGUAAAUUGGAGCGCAGGCUGAACGUGGACGUGCUGUGGAGCGUUGUCCUGCUGGUCAUCAUGUGUCUGACUGCAGCUAUAGGCCAUGGUCUCUGGCUCAGGAACCUGAAGGACACUUCCUUUCUGAUCCCUGAUACCACGUCUCCUGCCCUGUCUGGCUUCUACCUGUUCUGGACCAUGAUCAUAGUUUUACAGGUAGGUAGCACACUAAAUUUGUUAACACUUUGUGUUAAUAUGCUAAAUUAUUUUCCAUUCUCUCCUCGGCAGGUGCUCAUCCCCAUCUCCCUGUAUGUGUCCAUCGAGAUCGUCAAACUGUGUCAAAUCUUCUUCAUCCAGAACGACGUGGACUUCUAUAAUGAGUAUAUGGACUCCAGGAUCCAGUGUCGGGCCCUGAACAUCACAGAGGACCUGGGUCAGAUUCAGUAUGUGUUUUCAGACAAGACUGGCACGCUGACAGAGAACAAGAUGGUGUUCAGGCGCUGCACCAUUGCUGGGGUGGAGUACCCCCACGAGGAAAAUGCGAGGAGGCUUGAAGUGUACGAGGAGGAUGAGGCGAUGGGUUGCUCCCAUACUCUCAAGUCACGUGCCAGCGCCAAGUCCCUGAGCUGCAAGUCACUCAGCUGCAACCGCAGCUCUGUGUCCCUGCACACACUGACAGGCCACUCUGAGGGGGAGGAGUCACCUAGCCCCACCCUGCCCCAACACAGUGCCUUCAGUAGUCCCAUGGAGAAGGAUAUAGUCCCAGACCCUUUCCUGGUUCAGAAGCUGAACUGUCUGUCCUCUCCACUCUUCCUUCUGAGGGACGCCAGUAUGGAGCUCACCUACAUCGUUGACUUCUUCAUGGCCCUGGCCAUCUGCAACACCGUAGUUGUGUCUUCUCCCAACCAGCCCCGCCAUGUGGUCGAGGUGCCUGAGGUCUCCCGUACCCCCCUUAAAUCCCUGGAGGACAUCAAGAUGCUGUUCCAGCGUUUUGGCCUCCCCCGCUUCUCCACACUCUCUCCUCCCCACACUACAGAGAGCCCUCGCAGCUUCACACGCAGGCUCUUUUCCAGGGGCAAAGCGGCCUCCUUCACCCCCAGCCCCUCCCCUACCCCCACCAAGCUGGGUACAGAGCCAAACGGGGAGCCUAACCUUGAGGCCUCCAUCCUAAGUAUCAAACCAGGGCUGGAUGGGGUCCCUGGAGAGGAUGGGGACCAAGGGUAUGAGGAGGAGGGAGAGCAUGGCUCUUGGAAAGGUGAAGAGGACAAGAUGUUACACCUCAACCCGGGGGCCUGGAGCGGGCUGGAGAACUCAAUCGGAGGCGAAGGCCCUCCCAGUGAACCUGGGGCAGAUGAACUGAUCUAUGAGGCGGAGAGCCCUGACGAGGCGGCUCUGGUCCACGCGGCCAGGGCCUACCGCUGCACCUUGCAGGGACGCUCACUCGAGCGCCUUCUGGUGGAGCUGCCAGGGAUGGGCAGCCUGGCUGUGCGCCUGCUCCAUAUCCUGCCCUUCGACUCCACUCGCAAGAGGAUGUCUGUGGUGGUCCGCCACCCGCUCACCAACCAGGUGGUGGUCUACACCAAGGGAGCCGACUCGGUCAUCAUGGACCUGGCAGAGUCACCUAAAGGUGCUGAGCAGUCAGACGGGAGACAGGGUCACAUCAGAGAACAAACCCAGAAACACCUAGACAACUACGCCAGGGAAGGCCUUCGCACCCUCUGCAUCGCUAAGAAGGUGUUGGAGGAGGAGGAGUAUGAAAUUUGGUUGAAGCGUCAUGCAUUUGCAGAGACCAGUAUAGAGAACAGAGAGGAGCUUCUACUGGAGUCUGCACAGAGACUGGAAACCAACCUCACGCUACUGGGGGCAACAGGGAUUGUGGAUAGACUGCAGGAAGAAGUGCCAGAGACCAUUGAGGCACUACAGAGAGCAGGGGUCAAAGUAUGGGUCCUCACAGGGGACAAACAAGAGACUGCCAUAAAUAUCGCCUGUGCCUGCAAACUGCUCAGGACCACAGACCAACUGCUGACUGCUAACUGUGAUAGCAAGGAGGCCUGCAAGGCCUUGUUGCUGGAGCUGCAGGCGGAGGUGGAGCGUGGCGAAGCAGCUGAGGGCACGUCAGGCUUCACCCUGGUGGUGGACGGGCGCACGCUGGACUUCGCCUUGCAGGAGGACCUGAAAGGGGAAUUCCUGGAGCUGAGCCGGCGCUGCAGGGCCGUGGUCUGCUGCCGCUCCACUCCACUUCAGAAGAGCCAUGUGGUACAACUGGUACGGGACCAGCUCCGAGUCAUGACCCUCGCCAUAGGUGAUGGAGCCAAUGAUGUCAGUAUGAUCCAGGUGGCAGAUGUUGGCAUUGGGAUAUCUGGCCAGGAGGGCAUGCAGGCUGUGAUGUCCAGUGACUUUGCCAUCUCUAGGUUUAAACACCUCCGCAAGCUGCUGUUGGUCCAUGGCCACUGGUGCUACACACGCCUGGCCAACAUGAUUCUCUACUUCUUCUACAAGAAUGUGUUCUUCUGUGGUUUCUCGGGGAGCGUCAUGACCAACUCCUGGGUGCUCAUCUUCUUCAACCUCCUCUUCACCUCCGCCCCUCCCCUUCUCUACGGGAUCCUGGACAAAGACGUGUCUGCAGACACCCUCAUUAAGUUACCGGAGCUCUACAAAUCCGGACAGCAUUCCAAGGCCUACCUACCAUCUACCUUCUGGCUGACAAUGCUGGACGCUCUUUACCAAAGCCUUGUCUGUUUCUUCAUUCCUUACUUUGCAUAUGCAGGGUCAGAUGCAGACAUGCUCUCCUUUGGGUCUCCCAUCAACGCCUCGGCCCUCCUCAUCAUCCUACUACACCAGGUCAUCGAGAGCCGUACACUGACAUGGCUACAUGUGUUAGUGCUGGUGGGUAGUGCUCUCUUCUACUUCUCUUUCACCCUGGUCUUCAGUGUGGUGUGUGUGACGUGUAGUCCCCCCACCAAUCCCCUUGGUGUGGACAAGCUACAGAUGUCCCAACCACUCUUCUAUGGAGUAUGUGCCCUCACCACCGUGCUGGCACUGCUACCAAGAUUCCUGUUCCAUGCAUUGCGCAACAGCAUCUUCCCCUCUGACACACUGAAAGCUGCUCUGAUGGACCAGCUCAACCCAGACAACUACUGUAGGAGGAUGCAGCACUGGAACCAGACCCAGGCCCAGAGUAAAGCCAGGGGUCUCAUCAUCAACGUGGAAGACUUGGACAUCAAGAUCCCUGACUUUAUACUCCCUAAAGAGCUGAAGGAAUGCAGAGCUGCCACUGGCUCUGUGCUCUCCUGACCUCAGAGGCUACAGGAGGUGGCUACAAUAGAAAGAAAAGAAUAGUCCCCAUUCAAGUCAUUGAAGGCAUAAUUGGUAGCCAUUGUGAGUGUACUCUUAGGCGCAAAGAAGGAAGUAAAAGCUGGAAGUUUACCCAUCAAUUUGUGCUGUGAUUUGUUGAAUUAACUCAACUGACAUUACAAAAAAUACAUUCCAUUGCAUGAGCCACAUCAGUUAGAAUCAUUUACCAGUCAAAUUGCAAGGGUUAGUGGUUCCAAGCCUGUGCUAUUCAUUAUUUACAUGGUGGCUACAGGGUUCAACCCUAACACCCUUCAAAGUUAGCUGGCUUGCUGCCUUGAAUGCGUUGCUCACUGGUGUUGGUUAAGAUCCCCAUGCUGUCUAUCCAGGGCAAAGAGAUGGAUGCUUCUCACAUGUGCCUAGAGUUGCAUUAACAUGGAGUCAUGUACCCUUGAGAAAAGAUUGGUGAUGUGGACACAUAUUCAUAAAUGUGUGUCUGCUGUGUGGUAGGACUUUGACACAAUCCAGUGUCCAUGGUGAAGAGGCCCCUUCAUAGUGCAUCUUACCCGAACACCGCGAGGUGUGGUCCACUCUGGCCCUCUUCAAUGUGCACUGAGCAUGUAGAGAACAGAAGGCUAUUCGUUAUCAUUAUUAGUUAUCAAAGCGCUGCUUUGUUGAGAAGGGUGGAAUUAUAUGCAGGAGUGUGUAAUGUUUGGAAUGUUUUUACAAUCAUUGAGCUGCGUACACUUAUUUUUAAAGUUAGCAUCAAGCUAUGACUCCUUUUGUGUUAGGCACAACUCUUCGAUGUUGGCGUGUCUUAAACAAACACUCCAAAAUAACAUUGUAAAUGAUGCAUAUGAACCUUGGACACAGAGGUCCCAUUGAAGGGCUAGACCAAAUCAAAAUGCUGAAAAGUGGCCUUUUCCUCCUGAAUCACACUUGAAUUCAUUUUGACUGGAGUUGAAAUGGACCUGACCUUUCUCACCACUGUUUUGAGUAAAGCAGUCCACUAAAACAUGGGAUAUAUUUAUUUAACAUGUAUUUCCUUGUUGAGAUACAAUCUCUUUUUGAGAAAGUCCUGGCCAAAGUGGCAGCACAUGUUUAGUUACAAGACAAGAACCAAAAUGCUAUGUACAGUUACACACUGACAAAAUGAAAAUGAAAUGUGGGAAUUGACUGAGGGCCUGGGGCUUCUAAAGCAAGACAACCAAAAGUGCAACUUAGUAGGCCUAAGUGCAGGAGGAUUCAGGUAUGGCCCUCUAUGUGAAGUAGGCAGUGGUGUAAAGUACUUCAGUAAAAAAUACUUUAAAGUACUACUUCAGUUGUUUUUUGGGGAUAUCUUUACUAUUUAUAUUUUUGACAACUUUUACUUUACUACAUUCCUAAAGAAAACAAUGUACUUUUUACUCCAUACCUUUUCCCUGACACCCAAAAUAAUCAUUACAUUUUGAAUGCUUAGCAGAACAUGAAAAUUGUCCAAUUCACAUACUUAUCAAGAGUGCAUCCCUGGUCAUCUCUACUGCCUCUGAUCUGGCAGACUCACUAAACACAAAUGCUUUGUUUGUGAAUUUUGUGUUUUGAGUGUGCCCCUGGCUAUCUGUAAAUUAGAAAACACAUUGUGGUUUGCUUAAUAUAAGGAAUUUGAAAUUAUUUAUAAUAUAAGUAUAUUUUAGCAAUUACAUUUACUUUUAAUACUUAAGUAUAUUUAAAAGCAAAUACUUUUAGACUUUUACUCAAGUAGCAUUUUACUGGGUGAAUUUCACUUUUACUUGAGUCAUUUUCUAUCAAGGUAUCAUUAUUAAGUGUGACAAUUGGAUACUUUUUCCACCACUGGAAAUAGGCUUUACAAAUGUUCUCUUGAGUUUGCCUGGAUAAGGCAUUGGGAUUCAUAUCUACUUCUGAGAAGUGACGUUUUUCUCUACCACAUGCAAUUCUGACCUGGUUUGGUCUUUUUUAGACAGAUCAUCCUCAGUAUUUUAUGUGGUAACAUUAGACUGAUGUAAUUUUUAAAAAAUUGAUUUUUACAGUACAAUCCUGCAUAUCAAAUUCUGUACAACAUGGCAAAGGCAGCUGAUUUGAAUAUAGUCCAAUUGGAAAAGUUUCAGAGCAAUGAUUAGAAGUCAUUUUUUUAUAUCAACUUAAUUCCAAAUGUGUGUACUUUAUCAGAUAUUGGUAUAAAUACAUUAGCAACUCAUGUUAAUUAUUUGAGUUUAGUGUUAAUAAACGUCUGAUGUUAA